AGUUUCAACAAAUUAAAAUAGGAAUAUAGGUAGAUUAUACUAUCAUUCAAGUAAUUAAUAUCCAAUAAAAAAAGACCACCCGACCAUAAACGCAGUAGGAAACACCAGAUCAAGAAUCUUUGAAACCUGUAUAGUAUAGUCUAUAGGAAGGGGGUGAUUAGUUUGAUAGGCAGCCAUCAAAUUCCUCGUCAGCCUCUUCACUACAGCCAAACCAAGUCCCUAUUACCAGUGUCUUGUUCAUGACAUCAUAAUAAAUAAAUAAAUAAAUAGUCUCCUCAAUCCUAUCGCCUAAUAUCCUACAACUAGAUUCACACACACCCCCACUACAAAUAUUUUGUUUCCCUUUGUCGUGCGCCCCCUCCUCUGUCUUGGGAAGUUGAGUUUUGCUCCUGAGAUUUGAACAUGGGUAAUGCUUCUUCAAUGUUGACUCAGUAUGAUAUUGAGGAUGUUCAAGAUCACUGCAACCAUCUAUUUACACAGCAGGAAAUAGUGUCACUUUAUCAGAGGUUCUGCCAACUUGAUCGGAAUUCAAAGGGGUUUAUAUCAGCUGAUGAGAUUCUGUCUGUACCUGAGUUUGCGAUGAAUCCACUCUCUCAGAGAUUGCUUAAGAUGGUGGAUGGCUUGAACUUCAAGGACUUUGUGGCAUUUUUAUCAACUUUCAGUGCUAAAGCGAGCACGGCACAGAAAAUUGAACUUAUCUUCAAAGUUUAUGAUUCUGAUUGCAACGGGAAGGUGACCUUUGAUGACAUAAUGGAAGUGCUUCGAGAUUUAACUGGAUCAUUCAUUUCUGACAAGCAAAGAGAGGAAGUGUUGAGCCAGGUCUUGCACGAGCGUGGUUAUACAAGGGACUCAUUACUGCUGUUGAAUGACUUCAUUAAGAUCAUGGACCACCCUGGUUUGAAGAUGGAGGUUGAAGUACCAAUUGACUAGUUACUCCUGCGAUUUCAUUUACUGCAAUUCAGAUGUCUGUGUACACGUUUUGUUGAAUUUGUGCACCUGCAAAUCUCUUUCUUUUUCCUUCGCCCCUCCUUUUGGUGAUGGCAGGAACAGAAACAGAGAAAUCACUGUGUAAUUAAGAUAAAAAUCUUUCAGCUUAUUCAAAAAAUGUCUCGAGUAUGUUAUAA